UACUUGUUUGGUUUUACGAAUCGAUUAUUAAGGGAGCACUGUAAAACUCUCAGCUGCAACUGACUUCCUUGCAUAACGACCGACGUCCGAUCUUACUGAACGCGGCCAGGUGAAUUUUGCAAGAUAGGCCGCCCAACACUGACUGUCUUUCCCGGCUAACAUAUACACCGCAGCACUAUGGGUCUCUACCUAAUCUCAUCACUCGCCCUAUUCCUCGCUACAGCCUCUCUUGUCUCAGCACUACCAGAAUUUCGCCGAAUAGGAUGUUUCGCAGAUGCAAGAAGUCCCCGAGCCCUGCCAGAAUAUCUCAAACACGUUGGAGGUAAAGCUGAUCCACAGCAAGCCUGCUACGACCUGGCCAAAGCAAAGGGCUAUACGGCCUUUGCUUUACAGAAUGGUGGCGAGUGCUGGACUGGUGCCAAUGCUCAUACUACCUAUGGUACUCAUGGACAGUCGGGGGGAUGCCGUAAUAACCUUGGAGGAGGAUGGGCUAACGAUGUCUUUAUCAAAGCUUACUACCAUGUUGGCUGCUUCAAUGACAACACAUAUCGUGCCAUGAGACAAUAUCAUGGGACAUUUUCUGGAGCAGACGCCGCCCAGAAAUGUUACGAGAAGGUCGUAUCUCUUGGUUAUCAGGCCUUUGGUCUACAGAACGGCGGAGAGUGCUGGUCCAGCGAGGCAGCAGAUAUAAAAUUCAACAUGUACGGACCUUCCGACAAAUGCAGCAAUGGCAAAGGUGGUCCGUGGGCCAAUGACAUUUACUUCCUUCACAACUACUCUCCACUGUACAAGUCUCAUGGCUGCUACAAAGACGACCGAAUAAGGGCAAUGGGCUCCCACCAAGGAACCAGACGAGAUCGGAACGACUCUAUCGAAAUGUGUUACAAGGACGCCAUUCGGAAUGGCUACAACAUGUUUGGCCUUCAACAUGGCGRUGAAUGUUGGAGCGGAAAGGAUAUUGAACUCACUUACAGCAAGUAUGGCGAGGCUGGGAACUGUAAAGAUGGUCUUGGUGGAGGAUGGGCUAACGAUGUCUAUUCGAUUAAUUACUAUCACAAGGGAUGCUACUUGGAUAGCACACCUAAAGCAAUGACGGAGUUCCUGGGACGUUUCACUGGUCCAGAUGCGGUAAUGCAGUGCUACUGGCAGGUAAAACAAAAGAGCUAUCAGGCAUUUGGCGUCCAGAACGGCGGGGACUGCUACACCAGCAUCGACGCACCCAAAACAUACGAUAAAUAUGGAGCUGGUUCGGGCUGCAAGGAUGGCACGGGUUCGUCUUCCUCGAAUGAUGUUUACUUCGUGACUGAUUUUGAUCCUUACAAGAAGUUGUACCCAAGAGAAGGAUGUUUCAAGGACACGGGUGACCGUGCUCUACCGAAAUACCUUGGCUAUUUCGGCAGGGAUGCUAUCAAUAGGUGCUUCAAGCUAGUAUUGGCAAAAAAUUGGAGGUAUUUUGGUAUUCAGCAUGGCGGUGAGUGCUGGUCAGGACCGAACUCAGCGGCGACCUACGAUAAACAUGGCGUUGGUACGGGAUGUUACAAUGGUCUUGGGGGAUCAUGGAACAACGAUGUCUACAGAGUAGCCUUGUUGCACAAGGGUUGUUACAAUGACGAUCCCCUCCGUGCUCUACCCGACGUUCUUGGAAUCUGGCCUAAAGUACUACCAAGUGUGGCAUUAGCAAACUGCUUUGCUGCAGCUAAGGCCAAGAACCUCAAAGUGUUUGGAAUACAAUACGAUGGCGAGUGCUAUUCUAGCCCGAACGGUCUUUCCGUAUACAAGAAGUAUGGACCAGGAAGUGGAUGUGUGAACGGUGUCGGAGCCAGCUGGGUUAAUGACGUGUAUUACGUCAAUUCUACGUCACAGUACACGACACUAGGCUGUUGGAAAGACGAAGCGUGGCGAAGAUUCGAGCUGCUUGGCACGUGGCGAGAGGACAGCUAUCUGAAGUGCUUUGAGGCUGUCACAGCCAAAGGCUACAAGGGCUUUGGGCUUCAGUAUGGCGGAGAGUGCUGGUCCAGCCCUGACAUAGAAACCCUUUACAACGAGCGAGGAAAGGCCACAACGUGUAAAGAUGGCAAAGGCAGUGACUGGGCCAAUGAUAUUUACCUCAUCUAAGGUUCUCAUUGGGAUUACAUGGAAAGCACUUAAUUCAAGGAACUCCAACAUCAUCAUCAAUAGCAAAAUAAAAUACUACGGGCAUGUAGGGUGUUGGGCAUAAUAUACCUAAUGUCUUCAAACUAAAACUUUUUGAUUUUCAUUGUCACUUUAUUGGAAACGGAACCAAUUUAUUAAAAUUGUGAUUCUAUAUCGGGAUAUCAAAUUAUUUACGUAUUGAUUUGAUUAAAAUAAUUUUGGCGGUGUAGCUAGUUAGUGAGAAGAUACUAGUUAAAACAUUGUUUCAGUUUUCAGUUAAACAUUGUUAAAUCGUUGUUUAAAGCUGACGGACGAAAAAAUAAAUAGAAGUCCAUGAUUGACAGCACUUUUAAAACACGGCAUGACAUGAAAUAGUAAUCUAAAUAAAAUCCGUAAAAUCUAAAGGCUUCUCAGUGACGUUGUCCACGUCGUACUCGAGAUAAACUUAUUUAAUUUGCACUUCAUGGGUUUAGGAUGGGUCUAUAUUAAAAAAUCAUUCACUAU